AUGGCUCAAGGCGGCGUUGAAGAGCCAUCUUCAGAAAAGCUUCACCCCUUCUUCAUCAGGGGCGCCGGUAGCGACGCGCCCUCGACAUCAUCCGAAAUCUGCACCGCGAGCUCUGCCAGCGGCCCAGCAACCGAGAACCCCAUGCUGGAUUCGGGCGACGAUGAUCGCCGCAAGAAGAGGCGCAAGACCGAAUCCUCCCCAUCCCAGGCCGGUUCUGAGGCAAAGAAGAUCCGGAGAAGGAGGAGGAAAAAUGAAGGGCUCGACAGUCCUUCGGCGGGCGCUGGCAUCAUAAGCCACCUGGUCAGGGCCGACCCGUCUCCAUUAAACACAGCUUCGAUGACUGCCACGCCUCCAGAUGGCAACGCUGACCUACUGACACCGCUAAGCGACACACUAGCCCGGCAGCCCACCAGAUCCGUGACGGCCGCCUCGACAACCAACGCGAAGCUUCAGGAUAAAUCGCAGCAGGCACCAAAGCAAAGCAAAGGUCCAUCCAUGGUCGUUUGCAUUAGAUAUGGACGAGAUGAUCAAACCAGGCAAGCUAUUGGUGCCAAGGUCACACAGAUUCUCAGCGGCGAGCUGCAGAUUCUAAGCGGCGAGCUGCAGAUUCCAAGCACCCCGACGAGGAAGCGUGGGGUCCGAGCCUCUGCAGUCCCCAAGAACCUGUCGGCAGUCAAAGGAGAGGGGGAAAAUUCCCUACACCCCUUUUUCACCGGCAGGUCGAAGCCGCCCCCACCCUCGGAGCAGAGUGAAUCCGUCGUUUCUACCAAGAAGAAUAAUGAGCCGAAGUGUUCCGUGUUCAUGUCGACGCCAGUCUCCCCUCGAAAGCCGAGAAAACUAUUUGCUUCGGACGACGCGAAUAAGGCAGCGCAGUUUGGUAUGAAGUCACCGGGAACUAAAAUCCCCGGUGCCAUGCUUCCGAUGUGGCCCGCCGCCGGCAUGAGCCAUGUUCGCGGUGGAGAUGGGUGCAGCAGCAACGGACCGAAUAUCUUGUCCCAGGACGAGCUAUGCAAGAAGUCCAAGGGCUACGUCAUAACAAUCACGCCACCGGAGUCUUUGUUAACUUAUCUGGUUGACCAGAUGCAUCUGGAUUCGGUACGCAAAAACCUACCCAGGGAUGAGGGCAGCUUUGCGCCGGCUCCUGCCGAACUACGUCUUCCUCGGAGGCGCUUCGAAAGCGGGCGAAGGCUUCAGAAUCGCAUCAGAUCGCGUUUAGCAAUGUCCUCGGCCGCGCUCACCACCGUCGACGACUCGAGUCAGGACGAGCUCUCGUCAUUACCGACGACCCUUUCAGCAUUCGACAAAUCAAGCUGUGAGGGCCUUUCUUGGACCCAAAAAUACGCCCCAGCGACGGCAGCGCAGGUACUACAGACCGGAAAGGAGACAUCUCUUCUCAAACAGUGGCUCGAGGCUCUCAAGGUUCAGUCUGUCGAAUCUGGAGGCGAUACGGGCGGCGACAAGAAGGCGAAAUCGGAAACGACUCUUAAAAAGAAGAAGAGGAAAGCCAAACUUGAAGGCUUUGUCGUUGAUAGUGACGAUGAGGCAAGCGAGCUGGGUGAGCUCUCUGAUGUUGAGGACGACGGGAAUGCUGCGGGCUCGGGGCUGAUUAAGAGAUCGGUUAUCCGAGCUGCAGAAGCCUCGUCUAGGAACUCGAGAGCCUCGGGCAGGCUGAGGAACACCGUUGUCAUCAGCGGCCCUCAUGGCUGUGGAAAGACGGCUUCUGUGUAUGCGGUGGCCAAAGAGCUCGGAUUUGAAAUAUUCGAGCUUAACCCUGGCAGCCGCAGAAGUGGCAAGGACAUACUGGAGAAGGUUGGCGACAUGACACGCAAUCACUUAGUCCAGCACCAUCGGGCUCAAGCCGCAGGGGCCGACGGCGAGACCGACGAACCCGCAGAGCAUUCGAAUUCAGCCAAGCAGGGGAUGAUGACGUCCUUUUUCAAGCCAAAGCCCACUGCCAACGUGAAUCACCAAUCCCAGAAGCAGUCCCUCAUCCUUCUCGAGGAGGCCGAUGUGCUGUACGAGGAAGACAAGCAAUUCUGGACAACGCUCAUGACGAUGAUGAUGCAGUCCAAGCGGCCCUUUGUUGUGACUUGCAACGACGAGAACCUCAUACCGAUCCAGAGUCUGAGCCUGCACGGCAUAUUCCGCUUCUCGGCGCCCCCGGCAAGCCUUGCCGUCGAUCUCUGCCUUCUCAUCGCUGCAAACGAAGGACAUGCCCUGGGGAGGUUAGCCGUUGAGUCGCUAUACCGCUCCCGAGGUGAAGACUUGAGAGCGACAAUCUCCGAGCUCAACUUCUGGUGCCAGAUCGGAAUAGGCGAUCGGAAGGGCGGCUUUGACUGGUUUUACCCUCGCUGGCCUAAAGGAUCUGAUCUCGACGAUAACGGCGAUGUGGUCAGAGUCAUCAGCGAUGGCACCUACCUUCAUGGAAUGGGCUGGAUUGGACGCGACCUGAUCGCCACGACCCCAGAGCCCCUGGCGAUGGAGGAGGAGGCCCUGCGCCAAGCCUGGAACUCAUGGCAAAUGGACAUGGGUGAUUGGUGUGAUUCACACGAUGCGACCAAGGCGACCGCAAACACGGCCCCGUUGUCGUCUUCCCUCUCCAACGGUGGCAUCAAAGCUCUGGCUGCCUACGAGGACUUCUGCGGCGUGAUGAGCGACGCAGACAUUUGCUCAAGGGGCGCCUUUGGCUCAAAGCUGGAGGAGCAGAUGGAUCCGACUCUGCCGGAGCUGGCCACUGGCGCCAGGGACGACUUCAUCGUCGGGCUCACGCUCCUGCAGGCGGACGCCGCGGCGCUCCCGACUCCGGCGAGCGCGGCAGAGGCAAUUACGAUCAAGUCAUUCGCACGACAGGUCCUCCUCCGCGCUACAACAGGUUGGAGUACAACUGGGGACGACGAAGCGUUGGCGCCCGUGGACGAGGGCAAGGCUGUCUCCGUCCUGGAUUCGUCGUUUCAAGCGCGCCGCCACCAACUGACGCGGCAAAACAUCUCGCUGGCCUUUGACCCCAUCGCCGUCUCCGCCAAGGCCCCGCCGUCCUCGCACCUCGACCCCUCCGUCUUCGACCGCCCCAUGAAGCCCAUCAUCCUCGACGUUGCGCCCUGGGUCCGCGGUAUCAUCGCCUUUGAGCACCGCCUGAUGCAGGAGCGGCUCAAGCUCAGCAGCCUGCUCAGCGAGGGCGGCGUCGACACGACGGCGACGGCGAGGAAGAAGCGCAUGCGCACGACGCGCUCGGCCUACUCGGCGCUCGAGGGCAGCGAGCGCAGGACCACGCGCAGGGAGAGGUACUUUGGCAACUCCCUCGUCACGGGCGUAGUGAUGCGAACCGGGGCUGCGUCCUUUCAAGACGCGGCUGCGGCGGAUAGGUCCAGCCAAGGCGAUGUUCUUAUUCAGGGGCAAUCCCCAUACAGUCCGCGCACUGUCCGCAGCGAGUCCCCGUGA